AUGAAGCCGAGGCAUCACAUCGUCCGAACUCUGAAUGCGCGUCACAAGUCCGAGCUCCCACGCUUCAAGCUUGGUGGCUCAAACACUCAGUUGGGAAUAUAUAUUUCUUUCUACUUCCUUCCUGUAGAUGAUCGUGUCUCGUUUCUUUCUAUCGACUUCAGUGUAGACUGGGCUUGCAACUGGCUAGCAGCAUUUGCGGUCCACACUGACGCGAUGGCUCAACAACAAAAAUACGUUAGCAGGCCUUCCCUCUUACUGCGCGAAUGGAUUGACCUGCCCUUUCGGGUGCUCAUAUGGGCUCCAAUCCAAUUAGCCAUCAACCUCGUUCGUGGCGUCCUCACAGCAAUAUGGCGCAGGCUACCCCUAAGACCAUACAUAACCUGCGCCGCGAUCCGCAUGUUCCUGUACACCUUCUCCCCAGCACAAAUCCAGCUCUUCACCCCGCCCACGAUGGACACAUAUAAAGCAUGGAUCCGCAGCAAACGCUCCGAGGACCGCAAGUCGGGCGACUUCGAGCUCAUGGAGCAGCUGAAGGAGGACAUCGAGGUCCUGCCAGACGGCAGGUCCCACAUCCUCUGGAUCGGCGACCGGCACAGGGCGACCCGGUUCGUCUACUUCUUCCACGGAGGGGGGUACUUCAUGCCCGCGGUCCCGGGCCACAUGGAGUGGUGCCUGCAGGCGUACGUCCUGGCCAGCAGGAACACGCGGCGCAACGGCAGCAGCAGCCGCGAGAGGGUCGCCGUCGCCGUGCUGCAGUACACGCUGACGCCGCAGGCGCGGUUCCCCACGCAGAUGCGCCAGGCGGCGUCCGGGCUGGCGCACCUGCUGCGCGGCGGGGUGCGACCCUCGCAGCUCGUCGUGGGCGGCGACUCGGCGGGCGGGAACCUGACGGUGCAGCUGCUCAGCCACCUGCUGCACCCGCAUCCGCUGGCCGAGAGGAUCGUGCUGGACGAGCCGCUGGCCGGGGCGUUCCUGGUUAGCCCGCUUGUGAGCCAGAACAUGCUGACGAGGUCAUUUGUCGACGGGCGGCCGUGUGAUAUUCUGAGCGAGGGGAUCAUUGAUAAACCGAUCCGCGAGAUGUUCCAUGAGAAGCCUAGAGGCUUAUUAGGUGUGCUUUUCCCUAAUUGGGGCCUGAUCGAGACCAAGGAGUUUCGGGAGGGCAGGGGGUGGGCACUGAUGGCAGACGUCGAUGAGAAGUGGUUGGAUGGGAUGGGAAACGUUGUUAGGAAAGUUUAUGUUACGUGUGGGAAGCAUGAGCUUCUGAGAGAUCAAGGGAUCGAUAUUGCUGAGAGCAUUCGUGCUCGAAACGCAGACGUCGAGGUCAAGUUGGAGGUUGCUGAGAAGGAGGCACAUGAUUUCAUCCUGCUGGAGGGCCAGAGGCAGGUAGUCGGAGAUGCCACUACGAGGAUGAGGAAUUGGUUCAGUAGGGUCUGGUCUUGA